CUCAACGCCUUAUGUUGAUAGACAGAAUAAUCUUCUGUUUUCCUGUGAUAGAGUGAAAGCUUUCUCCUUUCUUUGCAUCUUCGUCCGCAUUUCAGCGACCAUUACAACAUUUUCAUAGCCGUAUUGGCAACAUAAUUCCUCUUCCCCUCUUUUGAAACCUUUGAAACUUUACUGAGGGCUGUACAUCCGAUGAUGGAAUCAAAGUCAUCCAGUGUGACGCAAAGCCAGGCACCGAUAUAUCACCAUGACUACGAUCGCUCCAAGUUACUAAGUGGUGAAGCGAAUGGUGAAGCGAAUCCGAAGUCCUACAAUGCACGAUAUUCCAGUGGGAUGGUACGCUCAGCGAAAUGGCUGACAGUGACAAUUGUGGUGUCGGUCAUAAUAUCCAUCCCCGUGAUCGUGCUUCGGACUACAUUGGUCUCAUCCGACAUUCAGAACCUAGAUCAACUUAAACAAGUAUACCAAAGCCAGUGGAAAAAUUUAGGUUUUUGGAUUUCGUGCUGGAUUCUGGUCUCGUGGUUUUCCGCAUGUGUUUUUCAUGCCUUGAUCAUAUUCUUUCCUCAUAUUUUCAGAAAUGUGGCUAAAUACAUCAACCCUGCUCAUGCCCGUUAUUGGAAAGUAUUUUACUUUAUGAAAUGGCCAGUCACGAUUUUGGGCUGCACUAUAUGCUCGUACAUCAGCUACGCUCUAAUAAUAUACGCCAAUGACAACCUUACAGCCAAUAUUGAUUUUUCUGAGCUUCCUUGGGACGUGUUUGGCAAUGCUACUAUAACAACUCAAACCGAUAGUAACAACGUUACCUAUCAAAUCGUCACUAUCGAUGGUUUUACUUACGAUGAUCACAACUCCAAGCAAACACUAUUUUUGGCCCAAGAUAUUAUUGAGAAUGUUCUUUUCAACAUUAUCCUGUGGGCUGCUCUCUGGUUCAUCGAAAAAUGUGUGAUCUUAUAUAUUUCAAUUCACUACAACAGUCGAUCAAACUUUGGUCAGCUCGAAUAUUGUAAGGAAGUCGUUCAGGCACUAGUGACUCUUUACGAUGCAUCGAUCCGUUUACAUCCUGUCAAUCAUUAUGCAUUCGACACAGAUGAUGCGGCUAUCAUCUACAGCCAGCCAGCUCGGCGUGAAGGCCGUUCGGGUGGCCGUGUGAGAGAUAUCUCCAAUAUGCUGGACAUUGGAACACAGCAUUUUACGUCGGCACUUGGCUAUGUGGUGAACAGCAGCGAAGAAUCUCAUUGGCUUGUUCCUCGCUCUUCCUAUGCCUUCGUAUUGCGAGCAAUAGAUAACCCUACCACCGCUAGAGCAUUAGCAAAUCGCAUCUGGAUGGCAUUGGCAUCCGAGGAAAGAGAUGUUCUGACAUUGGAAGACAUAAAGAAAGCCUUGGCUCCUCAGCAAUUCGGUUACGAUGAUCCUGAAUAUCUUUUUCGGCUGGUCGAUGAGAGCGAAAAUGGGAAUAUCAGACAGGACGAAUUCGUCAGUACUGUUGUUGGAAUUGGAAAAAUGCGCCGGAAUACAUACGAAGCAAUUGCAGACGUUAGCCACGCUUUGAACACUUUCGAUUGGGUUUUGUGCAUAAUCCUUGCUCUUUCCAUGGUCUUCUUCAUCUUGGUAUCGUGGGUGCCUCAAAUCAAAGCGCUGCGCGACAAUAUAGCACUUGUCGUUGUUGGUGGAGCAUUCAUCGUCGGACGUAUUGGACAUGAAUUCUUCCUAGGGGCUAUUUUCUUAUUUUUCAAGCACGCAUUUGAUGUUGGCGAUGUCGUCUGGCUCUACAACACGCCAGAGACGACUUACGUUGCAUGUGUGGUUAAACGACUAUCUUUGCUUUAUGUUGUUUUUGAGAGAGUAGAUAACAAUCUUGAGAUGCAAAUGCCAAACGACAAACUGAACACGAAACGUAUCGAAAACAUUACUAGAUCUGGAAAAAACCGAGAACAGAUUGAUCUUAGUGUUGACUACGAGACAACUUUCAGAGAUAUUCAAUAUCUUCGCAACGAGCUGACAACCUUUCUGGGUCGUGAAGACAAUCGACGAGACUAUCGUCCGAACGUGGAUGUCCGCCUCAAAGCGAUACCUGAUCUUCAAAAGAUUCAGCUCCAAGUAAGUUUUUGGCACAAGUCAAACUGGGCGAACGAGGAGCUCCGGUCCGCACGCUCGUCCAAAUUUAUGUGUGAGCUGCUCCAGACUGUGCGAAGAAUUCCUAUCAACAAACCUGGUGGUUCAGGCGCCAAAACCGGAGAUGAAGGAAAGCCCUCGUAUAUGGUGGCUGUCAGUGAGGAGGAGGCCGCGGUGAAGCGAGCAGCAGAAAAAGUUAAACAGAAACAAAAGCGGUUCGACUUCGUCAAACCGGCCGACGAAGGCCAGCCGGCAAAGGGGCCUGCACAAGUUGACACGUCCCAAUUGCUGGAACAAGAGUUGAGCCCCGAUGAGAAAUUGCGACAGGAAGAAGAGAAGAAGAGAACUGCUGCGGAGAAGGCAGCAAAAGAAGAAAGGGAGAAAGAGGAAACACGGCUUGCUGAAAUGGCAGCUAUGGAGCAGCUGAACGAGAUACCACUAUCUGAGAGGAGCCGAGGUUCAUUAAACACUGCUCGCUGGCAGAGCAACAGCAAAGGCGUACGAAGCCGUCGUGUAUAUUGAGACCCUGCGCUUAGAGUACUCUAUCAAGGCUCUUUGAGGAAGAAACAUGACCCUCAGGAAUUAUAGAAAACUCAACAUGAGAAUAAUUAGUUAGCUUGAACCAUGGAAG